AUGUCAGCCGAGGUGUCUGCUACGGCGACGAGUACUGAUGCGACGAGCGCGUCGGCUUCUAAAACGACAUCGACUAGUAAAGCGACGCAUACUGUUCAGGUUGGACCGAAGACAAAUCCCCAUGCAUAUGUGCCGCACAACCUCACUGCAAAUGUUGGAGAUGUGGUCGUCUUCGAGUUUUAUCCAACGAAUCAUUCCGUUGUGAAGGCGGAUUAUUUGGCCCCAUGCGUCCCGGCAAGCGAUGGCCUGUUUUAUUCAGGAAUCUUCAACACCUUCAAUACGAAUAAUGGAGAUCUUGUUGGGCCACCAACUUACUUUUAUUGCACUGCGAUCGGAUCGUGUCUUGAGAAUGGCAUGGUCGGCGUGAUCAAUCCAAAUUCCACGCGUACCUACAAAGCACAAUAUGACCGAGCCCUGACAUACCCAUACAUGCUUGUUCCAGGACAGGAUAUGCCGGCCGAAGGAAACGGCGAAGGAUCCACAACAAGCCCAACCUCAACAUCCACAUCCACAUCCAGCAGCGACAGCAGCAACUCUGGGGGCCACGGCCUCAGCAAAGGUGCGAUUGCGGGAAUCGCCGUUGCCGGUGCCGCCUUCCUUAUCAUUUUAGUCGCUCUAUUCUUCCUCCUCGGUCGUAAUCGAGUCUACAAAAAGUGGAUGUCAUCGGAAGAUGGACGAAACGAACGCACUGCCCGCUGGGCUAUGUUCAGCCACCCGACUAGUGGGGGAGCCGAGUCUUGGAACCGCAAAAGUGAAGUAGGCAGCAAUUUGGGAAAGCCAGCCAUGACUGAUACAACAUCUGUUUCGAGUCCGGAUCCGAAUCGCUUCAAUACUGUCUCGCCCCCUCUUGGGGAUGGUAACUCUAGCUAUGGUACUUCCUCGCCUCGUCAGAUUUCUGGUCAAUGGAAUUGGGAUCCGUCUUUCGGUGCCCGCAUGAAUCGUGGUCCUAGCGAGCUGGAGGGUAACACUACCAUACAUCAACUUCCAGAAUCUAGAGAUGAGCGGUGA